AUGGCCUCAAAACCAUCGGGGGGUGGUGCAAACCGUCUCUCCUUUGCCAAGAUCGCAGCUAUGCCCCCUCCGUCAAAACCGCAGCCGGCGGCUGCCCCUCAUGAUGAAAAUCCCUCUCGGACGGCCGACGACCUGAAAAUCCCACCGGUAUCUCACAGUUCAAGCACGACACCACCCAGCCAGUCGAGCUCGAGUGAUGAUCAGCGCAACGAUGCCACGGUCAGCGAAGAGUUUAACGGCCUUGAGAGGGGUGUGCAGAGUCUUGAAUUGAGUGAGCAACAAGGCCGAGAGGGCUCAGAGUCCUCCGGAGAGGAGCGAGUAAACGGCGUCCUUCAGAGGGAGACUUCCUUCGAUGACGACCAGACUCACCUCUCAAACUCGUCCACGAAGCCAACCAGUUUUGACUCCAAGAGCAUGGCUUCUGUAACGACGUUUGCCAUGGAUGAGAAGGAUUCUUUGCGGCCGGAUGACAAUGGAGAUAUUCGUGUCACCGGCACCAUCCCACCGGACUCAGUGUCCAACAACUUUGUAGUGCCCAACUCUGGAAAUUUCCAGGCUGGAAAACCUCUCCAUGGAUUCCCGGAAGAGCCCGAUGAGAAGCUCUUGGAAGCAAUGAGCUCUCCAAAGGACCGGCUUCUUUUGCUUCAGCUGGAAGAAAAAAUCAGGAACUUCAUCCAAGAUUCGAAGGAACAAUCACUGGACCUACCGCCCUCCAAUGCCUUCGGACGUCUUCUAGCGCACAAAUUGGGCGAUUAUUACCAUUUGACGCAUUUCGUGGAUAACACUAUCACAUCUGUUCGGCUCCACCGGACUCCGUUUACAAGACUUCCAACCCCCUUGUCCCAGCUACGACCGGCCAAUGCAAAUAAUACACCUCCUCCGAAUGCCCCGGCAAUGAAGAUCAUGCGCCGAACUGAUCAAAAUGCUGAUCGACCAGCUACGGAUGGUAGUACAGCUGCCAGCUCAUCUGCACCAUCGAAAGCUGCCUCCGAAACCGGUGGCGAAGGAGGAAAUGAAGAGGGCCGCACUGGCUCUUCUGCGGGAGCAACGCCAGCUAAAGAGCGCACUACAAUGACUCGGGAAGAGCGCGAAGCGAAGUAUCAGGAAGCUAGGGAGAGAAUCUUCCGGGACUUCCCCGAGUCGAAGUCGGAAAAUAACAGCGGCGACAACAGUGCAAACAUGUCUCGUUCCAGUUCAACCAGCGGUCGCAAGAAGAACUUCAGGCAGAAAACUCCCCAUGAUGACACCUUCGAAGUGCGAUCCCAGUUCAAUGUUUACUACCCGGGGAUGCCCUAUACCACAGGUCCAGUUCCUAUGCCCGUGGCAAUGCACAAUGGAUCUUUUCCAGGCCAGCCUCCAUAUGUCGUGGGCCCUGGCGCAUCACCUCCCGCUAUGAAUUAUGCCCAAAAUAACCAGAACGGCGCCGUGUUCUCUUCUCCCGUGAACUCAGUUCAUCACUAUCCGAUGGCCAUGCCUCCCCAUAUGGGGCAGAACAGUUCGUGGCAGGCUGCUCCUGUACCCCAACAAUCGCCCUUCUCUGGGUAUGCUUCGAUGAAUCAACCUUCACCAAUGGUGGGACAGCAAUCGUCCACGAGGUCAUCUCCAGCGAUGAAUAAUAGCUACGCGGUUCCGAACCCUACACAGUUUCCUCCCGCGUCUUCAACAACAUGGGCGUCGCCUCCAUACCAGGGCAACUUUUCGCAGUCACCUCAGCGGAAUGCUCCGGUGCAUUGGCCAAAUUAUCCAUCUCCGUCCAUGGCACCCAAUACCGCUCCGUAUCCCUAUGGCCAGCUACCAGGCCAGCACUUUUCUGUUCCUGUUCAAAACUCGGUAGCUCAUCCCUUACCAGGGAACUAUAACAGGCCUCCUUUCAAUCCCCAGACCCGAUCCUUUGUGCCGGGCGGUGGCACGUCUUCGGCACGACAUUCGGGAAAGGGCCCUCAACAUGGUGCAAAUGUCUCCUAUCCCGGGUCACAGGCUAGUGGUCAGCAGCCCUGGACCGGAUACCCAGACAACCAUAAUCAUGGUCAACCGGCCACACAUAUGUCACCACAUGCGGGCAAUAAGAACUCAAACAACGCGGCACCUUCGAAUUCAAAUCCACCCCGCGGACCGUCUUCUGGUAACCAGGAUUCCAUUGCUAAAUGGGGUACACCUGCUCACCUUCCUCCGAAGCCUCCGCCUUCGGAAGUGCCAUCCGAUUUUGAUAUAAAGGGCCGAAACUCUUCGUCUUCAAGUCAUUCUUACCAGAACAAUAUACCGCCGAGUUCUAAGAAUGGACCGCUCGUCGUGUCUGGAGGAACAAGUGUACCGAAGUCCAGCUGA